AGGGAGUGGUGUAACUGGCACAGGUGGGUCGGGCAGUGCCUGACUUCUCUCACCAUACCGCAUUCCGCACAUAUUCUUCUUACAAACCAACAAGGAAAACAAUAAACAUUGGUGUUUGAUGAAUUAAACCUGCUGGACCGACUGGUAAAGCUAGAAAAUCCAGUAUUCAGUCUCCAUGGCAUGUGUUGAGGAACCCAAACACUUCCCACAGGACGUCCGUGAGGAUACAUGCCUCAGCUGAGCGUGGGAAAUGUGUGGAGCUGCUGGGAGCGGAGCAGGACUCGAAGCCGAGGAGAAGGGGAUGGAGCAGUGGAGGACAAACAGAUGAUCAGCCGAGAGCUGGAGGAGAGAGCUGGGCAAGAGUGGACACGGAUGAGACUGCACUGGAGAAACUGGCCGAGAUGGAGUCCGUUUCUGGCUCUGAUGUGCUUGGUUCUUCUGGAGGAGUCUCCUCUGCACCCCUCUGUCAGUCUGCCUGAAGCCACGGGUCGACUGCUCCUCGCUGGGCUGCUGUGUGCUGCCUUGGCCCUCUGUGCUCCAGCUUUCCAGUUCCUGCUCCGUUAUGAACAGAAAGUAAAGCAGCAUCUCCCAUGCAAUGGUGAGGUGAUAGUGAGACAAACUGCUGAAAACCAGCAAUCCAGCAUACAUCCACAGCAGGACGCAGGUCAUCUGGAAACGCAGGUCAGUGCUCUAGCGGAUGGUUUAGCGGUGUCCCUCCUGCAUGAGCCCCUGCCGGACCCCAGCGAGCCACACAUACGAGGUCUCCUCAACAGACUAGAGGCAGUGUCUCGGACUCUCCACAGGAAGAGUUGUGAGGAAGGACCUGAGGAGAAGGAGAAAUGUGCUCUUCAAGAUAGAGUGAACAGUAUAAGCUCUUACCUGAGGGACAGGGUGAGCGGUCUGCGCUCUCUGCUGCAGGUUCAGCGUGAGUGUGACGUGAGUGUGUGUGCGGUUCAGAGCGGGUUACACAAGCGCUGGGCUCUGCUGGAGGAGUUACACACACGAGUGACUCUGAGGCCUGACAGCACACAGGAAGCUCUCGACCCUCACGCAGUCCUCACAGACACUGAGAGCCUGUUCAGUGAGCUCAGUCAGUUCAAAAUCAAAGUCCAACAGUGCCGGACACAGCUGGAAGCCAAUAUAAACCUUUUACAGACACUUCGCAGCAGUCAUCAGCGUCUGAAGGAGACUUUCAGUGCCACCAUCGACUCUGUAUGGACCAAAGAGUUACUACAGUCCAACACUGAUCUGUUUUCUGAGAUCCUUGAGGAUUUCAUGUCUUUGGAACAGCAGACGUCGAAUUUUGUGAUCCACUUGAGAGGCCUGAAGGCUUCUGAGGAGGAAAAGACAAAGUUCUGUGUGAAUCAGUCACGACUGUCUCUUCCCGCUGUCCCUGUGUACGUUGCUGCUCCGGAAGCAUCUCAAUUAAAUUCUGACCCGGAAAGUGACCCGGAGUCGCCAGAAGCCUCACAGAAGACCCGCUCCAGAACAUCGGCCUUCCAUAUGCUCUGUGGGUCGAGGAGGAGGAAGUCAUCGCCGUAGUUUUGACAAAAGAUGGAUGUUUUUACAGGACAUUUUUUAAUGCCCGCCUGCUGAGCAGGUGUAACAACAGUUUGUGCACUUUAUUCACAAUUUAUUAACUGGAAUCGCUAUAUAGUGUCUAUACUGUGACUUGUAAUUUUCAACAUGUGAAAUGUGUAAAUAAGAACUCUUGCAUAAUUAAUACAAUAAUAAUAAUAAUGUAUAACAUUACAUAUAGUAUUGAGGGUUUUUUAUUAACAUUAAUAUUAUAUAAUAGAAUAAUAUAAAAAGUUUGAUGUCGGAAGAUUUAAUUGAAAAUACUGUGAAAACAGUGAUAUUGUGAAAUAUUGCUUUUUAAAAUAAUAUUUAAACAAAUCUGCUGUCCUUUUGAUGGCAAAGCUGAAUUUUCAGCGUCAUUACGUCAGGCUUCAGUGUCACGUGAUCCUCCAGAAAUCAUUCUAAUCUGCUGAUAUUGUGUUCAACAAACACUAUCUUUUACUAUCUUAACCACUAUCUUCUGUCUCUCUCUCAAAAUAAAUAAAUAAAUAAAUAAGAAUCUUACCGACCCCAAACUUUACCACAUAGUAUUUGU